AUUACCUUAUCCGUGUUUUCCACGCCUGUCCUAGCCGACUCCUAAUUUCUUUCUCUUAGAUCUCACUCAUUUAAUAUCCACUUCUCAGUUCUCACCCCCACCCUGCACUUUUGACGUGUUAAAAUUCCACUGGACAAUAAAUAUUAGAGUCAACCAUAUCAAGUUUUGACCCAACAACUACUAUUCGAAAUUGCCACGUCUCACUCACAACUUCGUUUGUGUCGCUCUGGAUAACACUCUAAAGGCUGUUGGGAGUUUGAACCAACUUUUUGCAUUUGUUUUAUCCUCUUCUGUAUUUUUAUGCUUUCUUUUGUACUCUCAAAAACUUUAGAAUCCAAGUUUUCUUUGGUCGCUCUAAUUAAGGAAAAAAAAAAAAUCAAAACCCAGCCAUGGAAGGGGAGCUACUAGAUUGGGAGGUGCUGCUCAACUCGGACUCUGACUCAAAUUCUUGCGUAGUUAACUCGCCCGAGUUGAGGAAUCUUGAGGAGAUCGAUGGUGACACGGAAGGGAUGAUAAGGUCUGAUUACUUUUCUCUUGAUAAUCAGAGUAUGUAUGCAAAAGAAGUCGAUGUGAGUGAAGAAGGUUCUGCCGAGUCAGAUAAUCCGAGUUGGAUUGAUCCCAAGCUGGAGACUCGGUAUGAGAGGAAUAAUUCUGGCGAUUUUUGGUCCGAUUCGGGUAGUGAUCGGUCAGAUGGUCGCAAAUUAAGUGAUUUCGAUGUGAAAAACGAGUUGGGUUUUGUUGAGAAUGAGAAAGCCCCGGUUCGUUUUGAAGGGAUUGGAGAAUUGGAAGCUACGAGUGACAAAUUGGGUACAUUUAAGUCUGAUGAUACUAAAUUUAGUGAAUUGGAUAGGAAAAAGGAAUUAGGUUUUGGAGAAACUCAAGAUCAAGGUAAGGAUUUGGGCAAGUUCUGGUCUGAUUCUGGUGGAGAUGCUUUGGUUUCCAUUAAGUUUGAGGAUGUUGAAAAGGAGGCUGACAUUGGUUUUAGUGAUUGUAUGAAAGAGGGGGCUGAGCUGGAGAAUUCAGGUGAGCUUCAUGAUGGGAAUGGCUCAACUGUGGAGUUGGAAGGAGGAGAAGGUAAUCCAAUUGGGAAUGAAGGUUCUACUAUUGAUGAAAAGAAGUUAUGUGUGAAAUCAGUUUAUGAGGGAGACAAGAAGAGGGUAAUAUGGUGGAAAGUUCCUUUCGAGCUCUUGAGAUGCUGUGUUUUCAAGGUUAGCCCUGCUUGGUCCUUCUCUGUAGCGGCAGCUGUGAUUGGUUUUGUUAUAUUGGGACACAGACUGUAUAAGAUGAAGCGGAAGAGCAGGAGCUUCCAGCUAAAGGUUACCAUGGAUGAUAAGAAGGUGUCUCAGUUCAUGACUCAUGCUGCUCGUCUCAACGAAGCAUUUUCAGUUGUAAGACGUGUCCCAAUCAUACGGCCUUCGCUACCCACCAUUGGGGUUAAUCCAUGGCUUGUGAUGAGUUUGAGAUAAAAGGUAAUAAUGUGAAAAGAAGACCAAGAAAACUGGGCAUCCACAAAAUAAGCCAUAAUAUUAUGUUUGCUUUGCUCUGUCAUGUAACGAUGAUUGUUUUCAUUUUAAUCUUUUCUUUAUGUAUGGGUUCUGAAAUUGUUCGAUACGUAAAUUUCAGACUGUAAUUUGUUUCAGUCCCCUUUAUACUAUUAAACCUUAAGCAUAUAUAUUUAUGUAGUA